AUGGCUGUGCAGCGUAUGAUGGAGAACGCUCGGGGUGACGAGUGGCAGAGCUUGUACCAUGCCAUCAAGAGCGUGGAGCAGCAGAUUAUGAGCAGGGACGCCUCGACCGGCAAGGAGGACCCGCGGGAAGUAUUCAAGCAUAUCCAGAACCAUUUGAACAAGGAGUACCCAGGGAGUUCCUGA